GCCAAGACCGCAGCGUGAACAACAAUCAGGAACCCGACCGCGAUCCCAAGCUACCACCUGCUAACUGCUCAAAUUCAGCUCAUCCGCCCUACUAGUUUAACACAGAGACUAAACAACUAGUGAUCUGAUUUCUGGCCGAACGCCCACCCUUCCUACUUAGUACCACGAUGGCCUCCCAAACCAACGCACCGAUUCCGUUCAAGCGCCUGGAGCAGAUAGCCACCGACGUGUGCAACAGUGUCCUUGAAAGUGCCGAAUACUACGAACACCCUAAGACGGCGCAAUGGAACGAGACGAUCAUUAACAAGAUGCUCAAGGCGGUCAUGUCAGAGGCCACCCCCGAGGGUGCCACCGCCCCGGCCUACAAGUUUGCCAUCAACAGCACCAUCGUACAGCACGUCGUCCCCACAUCGCAGCUCAAUAAACCCGUUACCGGGUCGACAGAGGAGGGCACAUCCAAGAAGGGACAGGCUGGCCGGCGCGGCAUGCACAGCGCAACGGGCGGAUAUUGGAAUGAGAAGACGGACGGCAUGUGGAGCUUCAAAUGGGAUGGCGAGGCCAAGGGCAUGGACGUUGUUCUUAUGGUCAUUUGGAUCGCCGUCUAGGAAUACAUCCCUCGCGGCUCUAGCAUGUUGCAUACUUCGAUACCAUUCAACCUUAAAGCCGCAUUCGCGAGGAUGCUUUUAGGGUGCUUUAUUGACCAAAAAUUGGUCACGCUACACGAUGGACGAUACGACCUGCGUCUUGGCAGGCCGUCAAAGAUACGAGCGGUUAGGACAGGGCCUCAAACAGAUUCUACGUCGCGUGUUGUGGCUGAGCGUGCCGUGGCAAGUGAAAGAGGCUCGACCGGGCCUCGUCCGGGUCUCAGAAAUCGCCUUCGUCCUUCCCAGGCAUUGUGUUCACAAGCUCUCGACCCCAAAAUAGCAGCUUCGUUGCGGCGGC